AUGACAGAGGACAACUCUCACAUCCUACAACUGCAGAGUCUCAACAAAGAUAUGGAAAUUGAAAUUCCUCAAACUUUAAUUCCAAAUAACACUUCUCAGCAAUUAGCUAAAACCUGUUCCCAUUACCCUGUCCCUAAAAUGUGGAAGAGAUCCUCAUCCAGACUUGGUAGACUUCAAAGAAGGGGAAGCACCUCUCCAACUAAGGAGGAUAGUAAGCAAGGCAAGAGAACCAGGGAAACAUUUGAUGAAGCCAUAGAAGAAGUGCAAGCAACUUUUACAAUAUCAGAUGGUGGACCUGAAAGUCACUCCUCAGUAGGGAGAAAGCAGAAGCUAUUCACAACACACAAGUACACAAAUAGAUCACAUUUAGAGCCAGGGAGAGUUAUAAAUAGGCAUGGCAACUGA